GAUCUAGUAACGGAUCUGCUACUCAAGUUCUACGGUGAAGAGAGAGCCAGCGAGAGAUGGACCAUCACAGCCCUAGAUGUGCCUGAGAAUGUGCAGGGCGUGAUGAAGCUGCUGCAGAACAAGUGCUUUCGGGCUGCAGUCGACUUCACGGGUAUCUACCUCAAGAGCCUCUCGGCGGGGGUGGACGCGAAGCCAGAUACGCCUGAAACGCUGCAGAUGAUGCUGGUGCGAUUGUCGUCUCUAUCGGUACUGGGCCUGUGGGAGAAAGCACUGCACACGCUGGAUGUCCUGGGAGACCUUGGCAGAUACGGCAUUGACCACGAGUCCUGUGACCAGUCCGACAGAGCGUCCGGUAGCAGUGGCCCGGUAGACACGUUGCCUUUCGCUCUGCACCUCUUAGCGGGAGUUGUACCGUUCAAGGCGGGACAUGAGCAUGACGCGCUAGAUCACAUCUACGGUCUGUGGCAUCGCGUGCGAGAGCAGAAGGCGAGAUGGGACGGCAAGCAGGGGUCCGAGGAGUUUUUAGUAUGGGAAGAGAGGGAGGAGAAGGUUGCCGGCGUGUUAGUGUGGAUUCUGGUACAGCUGAACGAGUUCCAGUUGGCCCUGGACAUUUUGUCGGCCCUCCCGGAGCCCUCACAAGCACGUGAUAGUGAGUACCGCUGUAGGGUGGGGGCGUAUCGGCUGAUAUACCGCGCGCGCGUACAUAUCGCAGUAGGUGACAUUACGGCAGCCACAGAUUGCACUAACGAGGCAGAGGCACUGACACAGCCUUUGUUAGAAAAGGCGUCUGCGGAGGAUACACAGGAGGCUUCUAUCAGAACUCUUAGAGUCGACCUGCUCAUCAACAAGGGCAAUCUAUUACUAUCAAAGGGGUCUUUCAACGACGCGCUGAAAGUAUUCUUAUCCGCUCAAGAGCUAGCGCCAAACGAUACAACUGUUGUCAACAAUCUCGGAGUGGCUUAUGUGUAUCUCGGUCGGCUGUCAGAGUCCAUCGCCACCUCCAAAGCCUUGCUCAAUGAGAAAACGGCCAGAAAUGAAGUGCCUCCAUCGCAAUUAGUUCUUAAUCUUUCGACUAUGCACGAGUUAGAGUCCUCCCGCAGUGCUGAGAGGAAGCAGGAUCUCAUCCCAUGCGUCGAAAACAUCACAACCGAUUCGUACCCAGUACAGGCCUUAAAGAUUUGAUCAGGCUGAGGAACAGUAUAGACUGAGGGGCGGAAGAGGUGUAAACAAGCUGUUUAGAGCCCAAUAAUAACUGGGCACACAAGAAGUAAUAUUUGCACUAUAUAAUUAGGCCCGAACGUAUCUAAUGUAUAUUUUCGAACCAAAAAGAAAAGUCGUAGUAUUUCGUUUUCCUACCUAAACAUUUGGCCCAUGUGUAUGUGGCAAAUACGAAUAUUCCGGGUGUAGACUUUGGUCAAAACGGAAACCAGAGAGGACCAAGGAUGCCCUUCAAGAACGAGGUGGUGCAAGCUCGAAAUACGAUAAAUAGCGUCAGGAAUAUUGGCUGGUUGCGUCCGACAGUGUAUCUUAGAGGAAACAAAAUCUCAUUUCAUGCGUUGAAAACAUCACAACCGAUUCGUACCCAGUACAGACCUUUAAGAUUUGAUCAGUCUGAG